ACCUGGACUUGCACGCCCCCCAUGAGCUCGGACUCUGAGCGAUCACCGGUCCCGUUGAGGGCGUCGCUCGCCAUCGACUUCCUGGUUGUGGGCGGAGGGAUCGCUGGGUUGGCGAGUGCAGUGGCGCUGAGUCGUGCGGGACACAGAGUGCUCGUUCUAGAAAAGAGUGAUGGCCUUCGAAAUCGACGGGCUGGUGGCGUCCGCAUACCGCCCAACAUGUCGAAGAUUCUAUUUCAUUGGGGAUUGAAGUCGGAUCUGCGGAGGAUUGCCCUCACAUCACAGCCAAUUCUCUUCUCACGGUUCGAGGAUGCAGAUCUCCUGGGAAUUCAAUUAUGGGACAAUGAGCUUCUACGAGACACGCAGGGGGAGUUCAUGUUGACAACACACGCCGACCUCCAUGACCUGCUCUAUGAGACUGCCAUAGGACAAGGUGCAAAAAUCCGCAACAAUGCAGAGGUCGUCGCUAUUGACUGCGACAACUCCAGCGUUGAGCUGGCAUCCGGAGAAAUCCUCACAGCGGAUGUUAUAAUCGGCGCAGACAGCGAGAGAGGUAUCUCUCGGCAGACAGUGAUCGGUCAAGAGGACCGGGGGACAUUCAUAGGCCUCAGCAUGUUUGACGCUACCUUCAGUACUGCCAUAGCGACAAAAGACCUCACACCAGAGCUGGCACAAAUCAUCAAUGUAGAGGGCGGCACCGUCUACAUGGCGUUCGGCAAUGGCUGUGCUGCGUCAGGAUACCCAAUUCACCAACAUAAAGAAGUUGCUUUCCAUUUCAUCCUGCGCGACGACCGCCCUGAUGGGGCCUACGGUGACCCCCCGACCGGUGACCUCGCCAGCCGCGUCCCGGACCCUUGUGAUACUAGAUUGCGCCUAGUCGCUAACCUCUCAACGAAUGCUGUCCGCGUGCCAAUAAAGGACUACGCAGACCUGCAGGACUGGAUCCACGAGAGCGAGAAGCUGGUCCUCGUUGGCCAGGCAGCCCAUCCCUUCCCCCCGGGUUCCAUCCAAGGGACAGCCAUGGCGACCGAAGACGCAGCUGUCCUCGCGAAGCUCUUCGCGCAUCUCAGCACGCGCGACCAGAUUCCAAGCUUCCUCUGGGCAUAUCAGGACCUGCGGCUCGGGCGCUGUACCUCGGUGCGCAAUACAGAAGUCAGCACGAUCGCCUGGAUGACCAUGGAGAACGGGCCCGAACAGCGGAUGCGUGACGACGGGAUGCGCGCGAAAUUCCGUGCGGGCAAGAACGUCAUGGAGGGCGAGGACGGUGAGGAAGAUGCGCCGCAGUGGGAGGAGAUCCGCACCAUUUUUGGGUACAACUGCGAGGACGAGGCGGAUAACUGGUGGAUCAAGUGGGGCCUGCUGAGGGAGCAUGCGAAGGAAACGGGCGGCGUAAGGUCGCCAUGGCGGGAAAGCAAUAGGUUUGACUGGGGCAACGUGGCCAUUCGGGUCAGUGAAAACGUAGGCGAGUGAUGAUCUCGUAUGAUUUUGGAGACGACUGUGGUCGUGAUCUCCCACCUUGGGACGUACUAUGUUGCGUCUGUGACGCGUUCUUCUCUGCAUUUUGAUUAUGAUACGGC